AUGAAUACAAAAACGUCUUUUUAUAAUCCCGAUGUUAGAUUUUUUUAUCCAAAUGAUGAUCUUUAUUUUGUGAUUUGUAAAAAGGGUGCAAAGGCUUUCAAGUGUUCUAAUAUUUUGACUUUGUAUUUCUUUAAAUCAAGGAUCGAAGGUGCAAAGGUUGUUCCAGACUCUUUCACUUCAGAAGAAUAUGAUCACCAAUUUUUUUAUCAAUUUUAUGGAGAAAAUUUUUCCGUUUCUUGUGUAAUUUAUUCGUUAUCUUUAACCGCAAGCAUACUAAAUAAAGAAAUGUUUGGAUUAGACAUUAAUGUAAAUAAUAUGGAUAAUUCGGAUAAUUCAAGACGCAACAAGUUACCAUUAUCUUUGCAUCAUAAGCUGCAACUCGAAAAUAGCUUGAAGCAAGUUCUUCCUUCAUAUCUUUCAAAAAAUCAAAUAUUCAAAAGUGAAAUGAGAUCAAAUUCCGACGGAAUUAUGAAUGACAUCAUUUCUUACCAGGAUGUGAAUGUUCAUGUUCAUCAUCCACACCAGCAAGUUGAUUUCAAUAACAACCAACAUCAUCAACAAUUUUUUCAACAUUACGUUUCCAAUAUAGAGACGAGUUCAUCUCAUGGAGAUAUUGAGGAUAAUAUAUCGAUGGCACGAGAUAUUAAUCAAAAUUAUAAUGAUAUUGGCUUGUCAAGCAACGAUCAUUUUCAAAGAAAAGGUUUUAAAAUUGGCAAAAUUUUUCGAGUAAUACGCAAUCAAUCUGAAUUAUUGAAAUUUAAGGCAAAAUUAAGUAAAUUAAUUUGA